UACGUUGUGCAUUUUUGGAAUCUUGCAACGGAGCAUUCUGUUGCAAUCGAUACGUUACCAAUUUCUGUUGCAAUUAAUUUUUUUUCGUAACAAACAUUAGCAAUGGAGUUGCUGUUGCGCUUUUUCUGUGGCAAUUUUUUUGCAACGGAACAAAUGGUUGCAAACUUGUGAUGCAAAGUAUUGCAAGGGAACUACCGUUGCAAAAUGUGGCAACGAAAUGUUCGUUGCAAUGCUUCUGUUGCAGCAUUCCGAUGCAAUGCUCUGCAACGGAAAUUCUGUUGCAGGAGUGCGUUUGCAACAAGGGUUUUUGCAACGGCUAAAUUGCAACGGAAAAGCUAUUGCAACAAGCAUUAGCAACGGAAUUAUUGAAGAAAUGCAACGAAACGUGCCGUUGCAAUUACAUCAUAUUCUUGUAGUGGUAGUUUAUGGGUCCCGAGUGCCACGUCAUCAUCCAGUCAUCGCCACGUCAGCAGGUCCAGUCAUCAGUGGUCCCAUCGCCACGUCAACAAGUCCAGUCAUCGUGUGGGUCCCGUUGGUGAUUUUUGGAGAGAAGUUGGUUCUGACUAAUUUUGACAUCUUGAUUCCAUUUUUGAGAGUGGACUUCAUGUUGUGGCAAUACACGAUUCAAGACUAUUUGGUCCAGCAAGGUCUUGAAUUAGCAUUACAAGAUGAGAAGCCAAGUGAUAUGAAAGAAUCAGAGUGGAGUACAAUCAAGAAGAAGGCUGUCAGCACAAUUGGGUUGGCACUGUCCCCACAAAUUAAAGUGACAGUCCUGAAAGAGACAUCAUCAAAGAAGCUGUGGGAAACGUUGGAGAGCAAGUUUGCGUCGAAGACACUUACUAACCGGUUGAUGAUGAGGAUGGACUUGUACUCACUGAAGAUGGAAGAGGGAGGUAGCGUAACUGAUCACAUCAACAAGUUUAAUGAGCUAGUAUCAAGGCUGUUAAAUGCAGCGGAGACUAUCAAGGAUGGAGAGCAAGGGCUGCUUCUACUGGCUUCACUGCCAAAAUCCUUUAAGCCGUUUGUGCAGUCAAUGAUAGCAGGAAGGACUACACUGCGACUAGAUGAGGUGACGACUGCCUUGAAGGAGAGUCAAAGGAUGAUGGGAGGUGAAGAGUCUUCCGAGAACAGUCAUUUACUAGCUGCUGUGAGUGUUGAGAAAGGGAGAAAGAAGAAGAGUGACCAACUUGGGAGACGAUCUCAGCUGAGAGACAUGAGCACUGUUAGGUGCUAUUACUGUGAAAAGUUGGGUCACACAAAGAACUGUUGUCCAGAACUCAAGGAGGAUUUGCAGAUCCUAAAGGGAAGAAGGGCAAAUCAAAGGAAGCUUCUUCCGCAAAUGUGAUCACUUAUGAAGAUGAUCUCUUCUGAAGAUAAGAAAAUUAUAUAUUAAUAAUCUAUAUGUUAAGACAAAUCAAACAAGAUCACACAUGACUAUAUUUAG